AUGAGUGCUGAAAAUAUGUCUGGGAGGAAGAAAAAUUCUGCGAAAGUCGUGCGUUCAGCAGGGUUGGUGCUGUGGCGCCAAUUCUGCAAAUACUGCAGCUGCACUGCCCUGCAUGGGUAUCAGUACAUCACAGAGCCAGGCAGGCCGUUGAUUGAAAGGAUUAUUUGGCUCCUGUGCCACUGCUGUGCAAUCACCGUGGCCAGCGUAAUGAUUUACGCCACGUGGACGCGCUAUUCGCAGUCUCCAACCGCGACUGCAGUGGAGACAACCAAUUUUCCUGUGUGGAAGGUGCCCUUUCCGGCCGUGACCAUUUGCGACCCCAACCAGGUUACGGUAUCCAACGCUGUGAAAGUUGCUCAGAGAAUGAGCGAAGGCAACAAAGCCUUAGAAGCUGAGAUCCUGAGUGCGUUUCCCAAUUUGCGUGAUCUACUUAAACACAAUUUUGUCCCGUUUUCUAACGUUAGUGUAUUGCACAACGCCAUGAGAAAGUAUGGAUUGUCACUGCCGGAAUUCAUGAGAGAUGUUUCUCCGAGUUGUUCUGAUAUCAUGGUGAACUGCCAGUGGAAAGGAGUGGAGCAGCCGUGCAACCAACUGUUCAGCCGCAGCUACAGCGACAACGGCAUGUGCUGCUCGUUCAAUUACGCGCCUCCGUGCCUGGGAAAAAACUGCACAGCGAACAGGGCACAACCGACGCCCGUAAUUCCAACCUACACCACCGCGGUGGGAAACAAAUUCGGCCUCAGAAUCACGCUCAAGUACAAUCUGCACGAAAGAUUAGUACCAUCAAUUUCAACUGACGCUAUGAGGGUUUGA